AUCUCAUUCCCAUUUCCGAACCCAUCCCCGGCCAUUGCUUUCUGAAAACCACACGUACUGAAGCUGCAAUAAUUACUUACUUAAUCAACACCAUGAAGAAAUUCAGAGGCUUUAAGCUUGGGCGGAAGUUCGUUAAGGUCUCCAAAUGGAUAGUCCAACCCAGAAGAAGGCAAAACAGGUUCCAUCUCUUGGACCCUUCGUCCCGAACCCGUAAGGCAUUGUCCAAAAUCUGUUCUUUUGCACGGUUUCUACGUCGCGGAGCAAAGGGACUGUGUGGAUCGAACUCUGUUACGGGUUGUAUCCAAUUGGGUAAGGAAGGAGGGAAACGGGUGGGAGUACCGAAGGGGCAUCUGGCGGUGUACGUGGGCGAAUCGGUAGAUGACACGAGGAGGGUGGUGGUGCCGGUGAUAUAUUUUAAUCAUCCGUUGUUCGGUGAGCUGUUGAAGGAAGCAGAGAACGAGUACGGGUUUAAUCAUUGUGGUGGAAUCACGAUACCUUGCCGGGUGUCGGAGUUUGAGAAGGUUCAGACGAGGAUUGCCGCCUGGGAUCAUUGCCGACGGAGACAGCAUCGUCGCCAUUUGUUACGAUUUCUGUUUUAGAGGAGACAAAUUUAUUUAAUUCCAAAAAAAUUGUGAAUGGAGG